GACUUCUUCAACAGUGUCUUUCGCCAUAGUAACUGAGAUGAGCAGCCCAUCUGCGGAACACUCCUUAACGAAAGCUGCGAAAUUAGUUGAAGAUCUUUACCACAUACGGGACACCUAUUUUCCGGAAAAUCAAGAUGACAAAAUCUCCAAACUGCGAGAACAAUCCGAUUUUGCUCUGAAAUUCCUCGAUUCUAUUCCUCCAGAAGAAAGGAAGUUGCCUAUGCAACGUGCAACAUUUGAGUAUUUGAGAGGGAAGACAUUGGAUGUAUGUCCUGACUAUAACAAAGAAGCAGAGGAUCAUCUAUCAAAAGCUGUUAAGCUAAACCCAUCUCUUGCAGACGCUUGGCUAUGUUUAGGUAAUUGCAUUUGGAAGAAAGGAGAUCUAUCUGCUGCUAAAAACUGCCUUAGUCUUGCAUUAAGCAAGGGUCCUAACAAGAAUAUUCUUUGUCAAUUAUCAAUGCUUAAAAGAAAAAUGUCACAAGGUGCUGAGAAUCAGGCAGAACUUGUUGAGGAAAGCAUUCAACAUGCGAAGGAAGCUAUCACUUUAGAUGUCAAGGAUGGUUACUCUUGGUAUAAUCUUGGAAAUGCAUGCCUUACUAGUUUUUUUGUCUCUGGAGCUUGGGAUCAUAGCAAACUUCAACAUUCUGUAAAAGCAUAUCAAAAUGCUGAGAAAGAUGAAAGAAUGAAGUCCAAUCCUGAUCUAUAUUUCAACAGUGCCAUUGUUAAUAGAUAUCUAGAGCAUUAUGAGAGGGCCCUCAGUGGGUUCGAGGCUGCUGCUUUAAAGGACCCAAGUCUGAAUGCUGCUGCAGAGGUUCAGAAGAUAGUCAGCCUACUUGACAAGUUGGACAAUCUUAUGAGGGGAGGACAUUUAAAAGCUAAGCGAAUGGCAAGUUUGGCCUCAUCUUUAGCUGCUGUAGAUUUGAAUCCAUCAUACAAUAGAGCUACUAUAGACCGUAUGUUGGAGGGUCUGAACAGACAAGUAGCCAUAGAUGGGAAGGUAUUAUUCUUUGUUACGAAUGACACUGUUGCUCCCCUAUACUAUUUGCUUUGUGAUUCAAACCAAAAUUGCUUUGUUCUUACAGUUUACGGUGUACGUAUGGAUGUGAUCAAGGAAAGAGAUCAGCUAACGCUACUUGAUCCAUAUUUCCGUCAUGUUGAUUUUUCAUGGAAGGAGAAGCAUUACCUGUUCAAAUCUAUACGCGUGGACUUCCCUGAGCAAGUACUCGUGAAUGGAAAAGCUGUCACCCCUCAACAGGCUGUUCACUCAUCAAUACACGCACAACACAAACCUUGAGGGGAGACUCGUUAAGAUGAGCUUUGCUUCCUUGGUUGUCUGGCGUGGUUUGGAAUGGUGUAUAUUUCUUUUGUAAAUACAUUAAGGUGGUGUAUUUACAGGUGGAAUUUUCGCCCCAGUUCAUGGGUUGGAUUUACUAUGGAGGGAGGUUUUGGUUUUGGUUUUGCAUCUUUUUGGCCAUUGAGUUCAGUAAAUGCUUAGUACAGUAAUUUGUUAUUGAUUUUGGCCAUCACCUGAACAUAGUUCUUAGAGGGCAGCUUUUGCUUGACUAGCUCACCAGCUUGUGCAUUGUAUUGUGGAUAAAACCUGUAUGUAAACUUCAAGAAUGUAGUGCAUGAUAUAUGAAAUAUUUUUCUCAAAAGGAAA